UCCCUUCGCCCCAAGAGGCGUCUAUUCCUUCGAAGGUUCUCGAUAAGGUUUUCUUGGCCGGUGUCUUCCUCCUUCGUUUAGGGUUUUUUUUCAUCUCUCUGCAUCGAAUUGGACGUGGAUUUCCAUUUUGAUUUAUCGAUCCACACGGUGGUGAUUGCGGCGGAGGCGUGAAUCCUUGGAGGGAUUUCUUGGAUUCGAGGCCCAUGGCUCGGAAUCCAUCUUGCACGGUUUAUGUUGGUAAUUUGGAUGAAAAGAUCAGCGAGAAAGUAUUGUAUGAGAUUCUUAUUCAGGUAGGCCGUGUAGUAGACCUAUAUAUACCUCGGGAUAAGGAAACUAACCGUCACAAGGGCUAUGCUUUUGCGGAAUAUGAAACAGAGGAGAUCGCGGAGUAUGCUGUUAAGCUUUUUUCAGGACUUGUUCGUCUAAAUAAUAAAACUCUUAAAUUUGCGAUUUCUGGCCAAGACAAGGCCUUGCAAAACACCAUCUCUCCAGUAACACAUAAACCAAUUUCUCCUUUACAAACACCAUUGCCAAUGCAUUCUGUGCAUGCUCGAGAUGCAGAUGUGUCUCGAGCAAAUCCAGUAACACCAACACAGCCAUUAAUUAACGGCAGGGUCGCUGGUGUCACCCAUUCUAUUUCUCCUGCUUAUCCCCAAGCAUCUGCUGACGGGUUAAUAAGUAGGGGGCUCUGCAAUGGCAAUUAUGAGUAUAGUAGGCGUGUUUUGGGGGCUAUGUUGAACAAUGUUAGUCGCCCAGGUGCCAGACAUCCGGUCACCUAUCCAUCCUAUUAGCAUAGAACUCAACUCUGGAGGUGCAGGGUAUGUAUCAUCGUUACCUUAGUGAUGCUAAAAGAAUAUCUAGUUGUAGAGCCCUUCAGGCUUUUGUUCCUUCUAGCUUCUUAGCACAUUAAGCCUGUGUAGGGCAGAGUCAGUGGAAUUGUAGUCUGUUUUCUCAUAUGCAUCACCCUUAAUGCUGAGGCCUGAUCAUUCACCAGUUGCUAUUGCUUAAUGUUUGUGAGUUGCUAAUUCCUGUCAGGUGUAGGAUGGAAGAUUCUGAUUUGUAGCUGGACUCACCUUGCUUGAUUGGUCUCUGUGGUAAUUGUAUGUAGUGAAAUUUCUUAGUUUCUCAGGUUAUUCCUGAUCUCAUGUUUUCCAUUGUACUAUAUCUGCUUCCUGUAAUGUAAAGUAUUAUGACAUGGAAUGAUAUUCAGAAAUUGCAGUUGGGCUCGUUUGCUUUGUGGACUUGGUCCAUUUGUUAUUGCACUAUUUCCAAUAGAAGAAUUGCAAGCAGAACAUAUGAGACCUUUUUUUUUAUUUUUUUUUUCCAAUUUAAUUAAAUAAUAACUUAGGGUGGUCUAGGCUGUUCUUUACACACUUCGGUCUUCGUGGUCAGUGAUGUUAUUUAAUAGCCUCCACCUGCGUCUAAUGUGGCAGUAUACAAAAUUCCAUUAUGUAUUUUAAAAGAAUAACAAAACUUUAUGCUGUGAAUUGAAACAUGUGAACUGUGUUU